AUGGCUGCGGUUUUAGCAUCGUUCUACGAGCAGGACACUUCUACUCAGAGCGAUUACCCCGAAGACGACGGUGAAUCUGCUGGUAGGUUGCAUCAGCCUCCUGGUAGCUCAUUCGGUGCCGACUCUACAGAGGAGGAACUUAGUGAGGAGGCGGAGGAAGAGAAUGAGAGCAGAUGGCGGUCGGAUACGGAAAGCCUACGGAAUGUCAACUACAACAGCCAUGCGAUAUCCGUCCAAAUUCCCAAAAAUGAAAAGCUCUGUACAUCAACGCUUCGACCAAAUGAGCCGCUGGUCCUUCAUUGGAAGACAGCUGGUUCUCGUCACGUGACAGAGCCCAGGCGAACGCAGCUGGCCGAUGAAAAGCAGACACCAGCUGCCGCCGAGGCGGCGCGAAACGCUGUUAGAAUGAUACUGGAGUCUCGUUACGGUGAUUCUAACCGCAAUAUUCCCACACCCUCCAAAAAGCGUGGUGACGAGUCAGGG